UAAAACAAGCAGCUCAGCAUGCUUGUCAAAUUCUGUUUAUUUUUAAUAAUUUUUAAUUGUAGCAAAAUUUUCUUGUUAGCAAUGAUGACGAGCGUAACAAUUGCUCAACGCUGGCGCAGAGUUUUGGUUACCGAGGGCAGCUACUUUGCGUGCAUUGUUACGCAGCGAUAUCGCCAAUGCCAGCAAUAUGAGCUAAUUCCAUGUGCAGCUGCCAAGCCAAGACAAAGCCAAUUCCAGUCAGCAGCUGCUGAUACGAUGCUGGCUAAAUAUCGUGGAAGUAUAACAGACUAUCAAUCCAUGCAACGCAAGCAGCAGUUGCGUCUAAUGCUGCAACGCCAGCCGCUGCUACAAAAUCUGCGUCAAGUGUUUGAGCUAAACUAUCGCAAGUUGUGUCAAAUGUUUGCAGCAGCAACUUUGCAGCAAAGGCGUCAAGCAAGCUGGCUAAGCGCACUAAAGCUUAGACUUUCACAGACAGUCGAAUCGCUGCUUGACUUUGGCUGCUCAAGUCCGCAUUAUGUUUGCACUUCGCCUGCCAUGAAUAUUUUUAAUGUUGCUGAGCUUGCUGCUAAUUUCAAUGCAUUGCUGGUAGAAUAUCUGCUGAUAAAUGAUGAAUAUAUAGUGCAGUGCAAAGCAGCGUCAGUUUGUAGUAAAUGUAGUUAAUUUAAUAAACUUAUGUA